UGACUGGUUACACAUUAACCAAACGAGCUGGGGCAUGCUGUCUCAUUAUCAAAUCUUUCUGUUCUCGUAAUUAUGGCCACUCGCUAGCAUUUAGAAUUAGUAAGUUGGUAAAUGGGUACUUGGUAUGAAUAAUAUUUGAGACUAUAGUGGUACAUAUACAGCAUAACAGGACAGGUUUUGUACACAAGGUGCCGUGGCUGAGUAUUGGAGAAGGACAAGACACAGAGUUGUUCUGGGACUAUUUGACUGUUAACGAAUACAAUUUAGCCACCAUCACCAUGGGAUGUUUGGAAUCAAAAACAGAAGGACAGACACAGAGCCCGGUGGAUUCAACAACGAAGGGUCAGCUAUUAAUCUCUUCAUGUAUAAAUCAAGCACGCUCACAUGAAGUGGCUGUUACUCUGGAUGUGGACACUGCUCACCCUAAACUGGAGAUACAUGGGAACUCACUACAGUGGAUAGAUGAAUCACCACAGAGAAACAUUGACAUUGAGAACUGUUUUAAUGAAGAGCCUUUUGUGUUGGGCAAAAUGGGCAGUCCUUUGAAGACUUACUGGGAGGUGAAUGUGAAGGAGAAGGAUGACUGGGUGCUUGGCGUUGCCAAGGCAACGGCUAACAGGAAGGGGCCGUUGGCUUUCAGUCCAACUAAUGGCUUCUGGGUAAUCAGACUAUCCAAUGGGCAAAGACUUAAAGCCAUGGAGGAUGAAGAACACGUUCUUGACAAAGGUAUUCCAGGUAAAGUUGGUAUCUAUCUAGAUUAUCAGGAAAGGAAGGUGACUUUCUUUAAUGCAGAAGAAGAUUCACUCAUCUACUCAUUUAUCAAUGGACCAAGUUAUCAGGAUGAUGUCCGCCCACUUUUCUCACCCUGGAACAAUGAUGCAAAACCAAUCACAAUUUUGCCCAUCACAGCAACAUAGAAAAACAUAAAUGAUUACAUUCCCUGUCUGUCAAUAGCUUGUCAUGGUUUAAAGAAACAUUUUUUAUUAUGUAAUAUCCAGAAUUGUGGAUUACUUUCUAUGUUCAUUUGCUGUCAUCUAACCAGGUAUCAACGUUGUGUCCAUAUUUUUUGUUAAUAUAUUAAUGCUCUGUCUUUCCGACUUGAAGAUUACUGA